AUUAUACCCAGGCAGCUGUCCGUAACUAGCCAGGGCGUAAGCGUAAGUCCUAAACAGCGAGAUGGAGCGUGCGGCCGUGUUGUCUCGACACUUUGCUGCAGAGGAGCGGCAGCGAUCCCCGCAGCUGGAUGCACAACCUACGUCCGCACCUGGCAGCGGCUACAACGUGGCGGUGCUGGGAUCAGGCGGCGGCAUCGGGCAACCGCUCAGCCUGCUGCUGAAGCUCUGCCCGCGGGUCCGGGAUUUGCGGCUCUACGAUGUCGCCAACACGGCAGGCGUGGCCGCCGACCUGUCCCACAUCGCCACCGCUGCCCGCGUGAGCGCGCACACCGGUGGCGACGAGCUGCCAGACGCGCUGUAUGGGGCCGACCUGGUGGUCAUCCCGGCGGGCGUACCUCGCAAGCCAGGCAUGACACGGGAUGACUUGUUCAACAUAAACGCAGGCAUUGUUCGCACGCUGUGCGAGGGCGUGGCGCGCUAUUGCCCACAUGCCUGGGUGGCCAUCAUCUCCAACCCUGUCAAUUCCACGGUGCCCAUUGCUGCCGAGGUGUUCAAGCGCGCUGGAACCUUCAAUCCUGCCAAGCUGUUUGGCGUGACGAUGCUGGAUGUGGUACGUGCCAACACGUUUGUGGGGGAAGCGCUGGGUGUGGACCCCGCAACCGUCAACGUGCCGGUCAUCGGCGGCCACGCGGGUGUGACCAUCCUGCCGGUGCUGUCGGCAGGCACCCCUAAGCUGUCAGUUCCAGAGGGCCAGGCCCGGGCCCUGAUGGCCCGCAUCCAGGAUGCCGGCACAGAGGUAGUCAAGGCCAAGGCGGGUGCCGGAUCUGCCACCCUGUCCAUGGCCUAUGCGGCCUCGCGCUUUGUGGAGGCCUGCCUUCGUGCCAUGGCGGGCGAGGUUGGCGUGGUGGAGUGCGCAUUUGUGGCCAGCAGCCUCGUCACCGACCUCCCAUUCUUUGCCAGCCAGCUGCGGCUGGGCCCUGGGGGCAUUGCAGAGUUCCUGCCGCUGCCGCGCCUGAACGCCAUGGAGCAGGGCAACUUUGAGUCCAUGAAGGCAGAGCUGCGCUCCAGCAUCCAAAAGGGCGUGGACUUUAUGAACACGUGAAUGGAGCACGACUCCUGUGUGCGGCAAGCACCUCAACAGUGUGAGCAAUUUACAGAUUUGGCGCGAAUAGGUCACCUACUGUUGCUGUUUGAGUUUGUGUAAGCGCUAUGAUAGCA